CCCGGGCGCAACGUCGUGUGUCAUCAAUACGUCGCAGACAAGGACUUGUCAUCGACAGCACAAGAUGCCUAUCAUCAAUGGACUGAAGAUGGCAUGCCAUGUAUCCGUGGCCAUCGAUCUACGAAAUGCACACACGCCAAAGAGCGCUUGAUGGUACCGGUACGAAAACCAGGCCGACCUCUCAGUGUAUGCCCUCACCCACCUGGAAAAGCCUGCGGCUGUGGUGGAAUCACAGCUGCCAUUCCUCGAGCUCAGAAGUGUGGCUGCGGACCAGAUAGCAACUCAGAAACCCCGGCGUCGUCGAAGUCUGGGCCUGAAAGUUCAGUAGGCAAGGGUUGUACGUCGCCAACGAGACGCACAUUCCAAGUACAAAAGUCGGGCUCAUCAAGACCAAAUGGUCGCAAGCAGUCCUUUGACGUUUCAACCCUCGAAAGAAUGAACCCUGAGAACCUCAACAUAGUCCCACCGCCCCCGUACAAAAGCCCCAACGGAAAAUUUGGAAACAAUCCAGGUAGCAAUGGCGAGAAGUCAUUACCAAAAACUGUAACACAACCUUCUUUAGAAUUUUUGGGUUCAACUCCAGGCCUUUUUGAUGGAUAUAGCAACAACACGGAUUAUGCGAUAAGUCAGCGCAUUAACGGCGGGGAACAAAUUACUUCUCCGGUCAUUAAGGCGGAGACACCGCGACCACCUCAGACCAACGGAUCAUCGUCUUAUUUCAACGGAACACAUCCCAUAUCUAGCAGCGAAGAUCUGGGAUCGACUCCCCGAGCCGGGAGUACUCUGGAGAAUGACACGUUAAAUACGCCCUUGGAUGCGCCCCGGAGCUGUUGUGGCAGCAGAAGCAAGGCCACAGACGUGGAAUCACAAUCCAACGGCAGCGGGCCAAACGACCGGCACGCGCGGCCAAAUACCCUAGCGCUAUUGCCCAAUGGCAUGUCUCACAACCUCCCACAAUUCCAAAUGCAACAUGUCGCCCCAAAUGGCGCGGCGCUGAACGGUCUAGGUCCUGUGAAUCCUAUGAUGACUGCCUUUCAUCAAUCAAUAGCUCAGUCUAUGUACUUCCCAGCCCAGACAACAGAUCCGUCGAUUUACACAUACCCGCCAUUUUACGGCACCUACCAAUAUCCUAUACAACCAGCUGCUCACUGGAGACCUUCAAUGAUGAAUUAUGGGGCCCAGAACAUUGGGGGAUUACCUUUAGGGAGUUUAGCUCAGGGGUCUCCCUUGUCUGAGCCAUUAUCCCAUCAGUGUACUUGCGGCGACUCCUGCAACUGUCUUGGAUGCCCAGCACACCCUUAUAACGACGCCACACAAGCGUACGUCCGGUCUGCCAUGAACAGCAUGUCUGAGGGAUCUUCCAAAAACGGUCAGCCGCUACAGAACGGAGGCGAUCACAACAUCCAACUGCCUGCCGAAAACAUUUCGCCAGUCAUGCCGACAGCACCGCUCAAGUCAUCUUGUUGCUCUACGACACAACCAGAGCCGACAUCCACAUCGCACCCCUCAUCGCCGCCGCAGGCGCAGACCCCAUCGGAAGCAUCGGUGGGAAGUGAGGAUCAAGUACCACUUUCGGCGAGCGACUUCCUCUUUGUCACAUACCCAUUUGGAUGUGAGGGCGAAGUGGGAAGCUGUCUCUGCGGUGACGACUGCUCAUGUGUUGGCUGCCUAAUACAUGGCAACGGUGGCAACAGUUUGGACCAUGAUACAUGA